AUUUUGUGAUACUUGCUGUGAUGACCAUUAGUGAAGAUUUUUUAAAAUCAAAAUUAACAGACACUCUUGAUGCUUCAUACGUGUCUGUUAAUGAUGAUUCUGAUGGUUGUGGUGCCAAAUUUAGUGUAAUUGUUGUGUCUGAUAAAUUUAUUGGUAAAACAUUAUUACAACGUCAUCGAAUGGUUAAUGAAGUACUAGCUGAAGAAUUAAAAGAAAUACACGCAUUCUCACAGAAAACAUUAACAACAGAACAAUGGGACAAUUUAAAUAAAAAUUAAUUGCCUCUAAUUGAUU